AUGGAAGGUGGCCCGCAAAGGUUAUAUUCCUUGCUCCUCCUGGGGCUCUUUGCAUGUCACUUUUGUGGCGCGCAGGACCCAACAAAUGGAGAGCCAUUCAACGCCUCAGAGCAAGAGGAAAAAACUGCAGCAACCACCAAUACAAAGCUUGUGUCUGAGGGCUCCGGACCAGCUUCACAAGCUAAAACAAUGAGCCAAACCCGUAAUUCUGUAAACGUGCAAGCCGGACCUCCCUCUCUCUUAACCUUGGAAGGGCAUCCGGCCUCCCUGGAGUGCAAAUUCACAGCCCCUGAGAAUGCUAACGUCUCUUGGAGAAAAUCCUGUGCCCCCAACUGCAGCCAGACCUUUCAUUUCCCCAGCAACAACUCAAACUUUAACUUGGAAGUAACAAAAGGAGGUUCAAAACUCACCUUCCAUCGGGCCAAGACCAGAGAUUCUGGCAUGUACUACUGCGUCGUGACUGCCUCUGAUAACAACGGCCAGUCGUGUGGCACGUACCUCUGGGUUCGGAGGCCUCGCCCCACCUCCUUCCUGAAUAUAAGAGAAUCCAUCAAAAACAAGAUCAUCACAGCUGAGGGCUUCCUCCUACUCAUCUGUGCCAUUGGGCCGGGCCUUUUUCUGCUGUUGAGGAAGAGAUGGGAAAAUGAGAGCCUGCUGCAGGCCAAGAAGAAAUAUGAAGAGGAGAACCUCUAUGAGGGACUGAAUCUGGACGAGUGCUCCAUGUAUGAGGAUAUCUCACGAGGGCUGCAAGCCACCUACCAAGACAUAGGCAACGUCAAAGUGAUUGAUCUGCAGCUGGAAAAGCCAGAGAAACCAUGAUACAUUUGCCUUGUGUUCUAUUUUCA